GCAGAAAAGCACUUUAAAUACUGCACAACGACAUACUGCAUACAGCUGAUACUUCUUGGGCACUGUCAAUUACGAUACGUGUAGCGUACCCUGCUGGUAACCAAGGAGUGAAGGGAGGAUGCACCCGGCGCUUAUCCCUGAGAAGCACCCAUUAUGCGGCAAGUACAUGGAGGCCCUACAGCAAUGCCGCAAGGAUAAUCCCUACCAAAAGUUCUUUGGCGUCUGCUCCGAGAUCACUUGGGACCUCUCAACCUGCUUGAAAAAGGAGAAGAAGAUUGUGCGUGAGCCACGCCAGAAGCGCUACCACGAGCGCUGGGCCAAGAAGCGGCAAGAGGACGAGGAGCGGCUGCAGCAGCUGAAGCAGCAGCGGGAGCCAGGCAGCAACGCGGAGGCCGCCUCGGAAGCGGCCGGCAGCCCCGCCAGUUGAGGAGUGAGCUACGCCAUGCGUUGAGGGGGGACAGAACGGGGCUCGGGGUUGGAAGGAAGCAGGCAGAGAUGCCUGCCGCCAGCUGCUGCUGCUGCUACCCCGCAUCCACGAUACUAGCUUUAUAGCGACAGUUUGGCAGGGUGGGUUACUUGCUUAGCGCCAACUUGUGGUUUGGGGUAAGCAAGGAUAGGCGAGUCCAUAAAAAGCUUUGCUCUUUCAUACAUGCAUUGGGGUGUUUACUAGGUGGGUUUGGUAUAAGCGGGGCAAGGGUAGGACUUUUGUGUCGCGUGAUUAUCUGGACUUAGGUCGUGCAGGGUCUGCAAGGGAGCCUUUUUAGUUCCGCGUGGUGUGGUCGAUGUUCAAUGAAGUGCAGGCCGGGUUUAUGUCUUCCUCUAUGCUACAUGCAGCGGUUGGCGCCGUCUGCCGCCGUGCAUCGCGUGUCCUUACCAGUAGGCGGCAUGAGAUCAUAACCACGGCAUUGGCGUGCUGAAGGCUGUGCAGAGGCUAAGGCGUCAACUGAUGCGGCUUGCGCCCGGUGUUUGCUCUAUAGGAUUGGAAGGAGCGAUUAGGAAGUGUCUCUCUCUUAAGGAAGCGGAAUCUAGGUAUGUUUGGAGGCGUAGUACUCCCGAGCAUGAACGUAUGACGGCCUCGUGGCCCGAGCGUGCAACCCAAGCUAUGUUCUGGGCCAGCGCCGAGCACACAACCUUGGGGCUGUUAGCACCUCAUGCCAUUAGAAGGAAAGUGUAACCUGAGUGCACUUUUGGGUUGCGUCCAAUGUGGCCGGCCGCGCUGUCUACGGUGCACAGGGCGGGCGGCAGCCAAUACGGGCAACGGUGAGUCUGUGCGCGGUGCUGCUGCUGCGCUCAGGACAAAAGCUCUGAAGCAUUGAGUGCCACACCCGUGCAUAAGUGCAUCUGCGCAAGGGGGUUCGUGUUGCUGGCAGCAAGUGGCCCUUGACAAGUUGGAUGGUGGACGGCACAAGGUUUAUACCGGGCAAUUGUGCAAGGAAUCAACUAUACUGCACGUUUGGGGUGCAUACUGUAAUAGCAGGC